AUGCCCAGCACUCGCCCUUUCGUUUUGUCGGGUGUGUUGUUGGGAAAAAAAGUUUAACUGGACUGUAUGUAAUUUUAUUCUUAUAUCAAAAUGGAUGGCAUUGGAAGUUUAGAAGUCAGGUGGAUACAAGGUUUUACAAACAAGAGUAUCGAGUUUGUCGACAAUAAAACAGUAUGCUACACUUGUGGGUCUCAUAUCUGUUUCCUCAACCUGGAGACAAAAAAGCAAAGUGUGCUUCAGAGUCCUGGCAGAGGCAUUGGUGCAUUGACAGCCAAUGGCAACAAUAGGACGUUUGCUUUCUCCGAGGAAAAGCUAUCCCCAUCUAUAUUUGUGUACAUUUUCCCUGAGCUUCAAUUGAAGAAUGAACUAAAAGGAAUAGCACAACUGGACUACACAUCUCUGACAUUAAGUGAUGGUGGUCCUUAUUUAGGCUGUUGCUCCUCUCUUCCUGACUACACCAUAACAGUGUGGAACUGGGAAAACGCUGAGCCAAUUUGUACACAACCACAAGCUGGGCAGAAUGUCACUUCUUUGGUCUUCAACCCUCUGAAUUGGCUCCAGCUCUGUGCUUUGGGCACUACAUCCCUCACUGUCUGGAAUAUUGAGAAGAGUGCCAGCUUUCAUGUCCUGAAACCAAGUGUGAUAGAGCUUCCAGCAACUGACGGUUCCUUUGUUGAGAGAUUGGUGCCCACCUCUCAUACUGUCUGUGACAAACUGCCUUAUUUUGGUCUUGAGAUGCCUCCAUCAGCCAUCUCAGGACUUAAGGGAGACAAGGCAGAAAGCAUUUUGACUAAACUCUGCACCAAAGCCAGACUAACUCCUACUGCUAUCUGCUGGACAGCCACAUCAGAGCUAUAUGUGGGCUGUGCUGAAGGCUUCCUGCUACUUGUUGACCCAGAGAGCCUCUCUGUCUCAGUCCUCUUCAACCCCACAACUGUUGAUGCCAUCCCUGAACUCAGACAGAGCAACUUUCAAGGCUUAACCCUUAACAGGAAUGGUUUGAUUGCUGUAGGAAAGGAGAGCGUGGUGCACUGUCUGCAAAUCAAAGCGACUCAGAUCGAUAUCACACAAACAUGGCAAUUAGAAGGACCUGUCACAACUGUGAUGUACUCCCCUGACUAUGAAAUAUUACUUUUAUCUUCAAAUACAGGGCAAAUCUAUAUGUUGAAUCCGACCCAGUCAGACAAAAUUGUGAAGGUCCUGGACGUUCUCAGCGGCAACUUUGUGGCAGCAGCUUUUUCACACAUUGACAAGAACAUUUGUGUGUCAGUGAGAGAUUCUGGAGAAUUGCAGCUGUGGUCCCCAGAUGGCAUUUGCGUUGGUUCCCUGUCUCUUCAAGCUGAGGUGACAAGUCUGGACUGCUGUCCUAUUGCAAAAUACGCAGCUGUUGGAACGGCUUCAGGAAAUGUCCUCUUUAUUGACCUGAACAGGCAGCAGCAGCCUCGCCUGGUGCACCAGGUUCGUCUCUACCACACUCCUGUGGAUCAUCUACUAUUUGAUCAAGAUGGGCACUACCUUCUCACCGGUGCCUCAGAUUCACAUAUUUAUGUACUAGAUGCAAAGCCAUCAAAGAUGUUUUUAGUCAUAGGAUACACAGUUGUUCCUGGACCCAUUUUGUCGCUUUCCACUCAGUGCAUCAGGGACUGUGAGCAGGUGAAAGUUCUUGCACUGUGCAUUGGACACAAGGGCAAAAAUCAUGAUGGUAGCCUGCUCACAGUUCUCUCUCUGCCUACAAGGGACCUUACAGAUUGUGUAGACCUACAUGGUUGUCUGUCUACACACAUCCUCAAUGUGUCCAGAUACGAAGUGCAUCAUCCACUUACAUCCUGUGUUCUGGGAGUCAGCGAGGUCUUUGCUUACUGCCACAAGAAGAAAACUCUUCAGCAAUUUCAACUUUCCCAGGACAUAGGCGGUCUCUCCAGUCAACAGGUGGUCCAUCUCAAACCAGAGCAGGAAGUGAGGGGUCACCCUCUGGGCCCUGCCUCUCCAGUUUUGUCUCCUCAUCAGUUAUGGCUGGCUUCUGUGGGCAGAGAUGGCCUCCUACGCAUCCGAGAAACUGCUUCCAUGGAGCGGUACAUUGAACUGCAAUGUCAUUCAUGCCGUCUGGGUGGAGUUCGGAGCGUGUCCUUCUCUGCAGACAGCCAGACACUCCUCACUGCUGGCUUUAAAGAUGGCUCCCUUGUGUGCACUGAUCUCAGAAUUGAAGGUGUGGAUUCUGGUAAGGUGAAUGAAGCCACAGAGUACAAUCAGCCUGUGGAUCAUUUCUUUGAGAACAUAUUCAAUGCUGAGAAUCACGUUCUCAUUGCCUUGCCUGAGUGGGGCCAAGGAUCUCCUGCUGGCACUGAAAAACCAGAGGAAAGUGAGGUCAGUGGUGAAGUGGAGACUGUGGAUGUGACGGAGCAGGAUGAGAGUUAUAACAGUCUGCUGUCUGCACCACCUUCACACCCCACCUGGCUCAAAAGCAGGAGAGAGGCAGUUAUAAAAGAAGAGAAUGAGCAAUAUUCGGAGACAAAGAAAAAUCUGAGGAAAACCAUCAAAGAGUUACGUGACACUAUCCAGGAAAUGAUGCGCGAAAAUGAGAACCUCCCAGAUAUCGAGCGUCUGGAACAACAGGAGUUCAACCUGGAUGUUGAGGAACAGAGGAGACUGGAGGACAUGGUGCAGCAGGAAGUUACUCGGGUGCGAAAUGAAGUGGAAUGGGAGAUUUUAGCAAAAUGUUACCUUCGGGAUGUCCUAAGGAGAGAAUUCUGGGAUUCUAUGAAGGUCAAAGGCAAGGCCAUUAAGGCCUUUCACUCGGAACAUGAGGUGAAGAACUACCCUCUGAAAGAGCGUACAGAGAAAGAGGUGGAGGACCUUCGCAGGGUUCAGAAUAUGAGGAUGUUUGAAAUGGCUGCUUGCACCCAGAGCAGCCUAAAGAAAAGUUCCAACACAACCAGUGCAAAGAAGGAAGAGCAGGGGGAGGAAGGCCACGAGGCAGACACUGCUGCUGUAACGGGAAGUUUCUCUGCUCAGUUAGGAUAUUCAAAUCCUUGCAUCUACGAUCAGUUCCGCCUGCAAACCACAGAACAGAGGAUCGCCCAGACAAUUCUGCUACAGGAUGUGAUUUAUCGCAUCAAGACAGCUUUCAACACCGACUUUGAGGCCGUGCACAGACAGAAGGUGCAGGAGGUGAACCGUGUGAGGGACAGGAACAGACACAUCAGGAAGAUCUUGCUGGAGCUGGACAUGAACGAGGACCUGUGGGAGCCCAGCCUGACCGUCAGCGAGCAGCCAGAGAAGCUGCUCACUGUGGACGACUCUGAGAUAAAAGCAGAAAAGUACCUCACCCCAGAACAGAAAAAGGAGGAGAACAGGAAGAAGAUAGAAGAGCAAAAACGUUCGGCUGCCAAAGGUGAUAAUGUCCGAGACAGGGCUCUUGAUGACAUGAUGGAUGGAGUGCUUGAAGUGAAAAAAGAGGACAUCUUGAAAAUGGAAAUACCUCCGCCUGAGUUUGUUUUGACCAAACUUGACAUUCACUGGAGUGAGGAGGAGAAAAAAGUUUAUAAAGAAUAUGAAAAGAAAACCAAUGACCUGAGUGAGGAGAAGGAGAAAUACAAAAAGUCAAUGGAAACUGAAAUGAAAAAACUACAGGCGUCCACCAGGGAUGCGACCGAAAGGUUUGAUGAAACUUUGACAAAGCUGUUUGAGAAGAAAGUGAAAUGUGAAAUGGCUAUUUAUCAGGAAGAACUCAAGAUUACUUAUCUUGUAUAUACAGUCCUCAUAGAAGACGAGAUCAGAUGUCAAGAGCUGGAGCUCAAGCUCAAACUUGAAAAAGCCUUGGCAUACAAGGAUGAAAUUGGGGAGGAGGUGAAGAGACAUGAAGAAGAAGUAGAAUUGUUUCACGAGACCUAUGACAGCAUUGUAGCCGAAGACAAAGUUCUUGACAAAGAAUUCAGGAAGGAGUUCUUUGACGUACCAAGCCACAUGGUUGAUCAACUAUAUAAGUUAUUCAAGCGUAGACCCAGGGUUCAAAAGAUGAGGACCCAGACCGACGACAACUCCAACCCGUUUAAAGAGCAGCGUCUGUGUGGAUCUCUGGCUCCUGAUGCACUCGGCAAAAUACUGAAGGCCAUGGAGGAGCUGGAUGCACCGGAGAAUAUACCAGAAGGCUUGAACCCAUCAAUCUGGGAGAGGUUUUGUCUUGUCCGCAGAACAAAAGUAGAGAGUGAGAAAAAGGUAAAAGUAAAAGCUUUGACCCUUGCCGAGAUGCAUGCGUUCCUUCAGAAGAGGAGAGAUGAGGAGAACGCCGCGCAACAGGAAAUUAAAAAUCUCUCUGACGCACUUGAAAGGCUGCAUAAGGACAAGAACCGUUUCCUGAUGGACAUCAUGGUCCAAGUCCUGCUCAAACAGGGCCAGGUGGAGGUGUCUACCACAGACCUGACUGCUGACUACACUGACUCUGUACUUCACCACAGGAGUGUGGUGGAGGACCUCAACAGAACCAUCAGGACACUCGGAGAGCAGAAGAUCGCCUCCAUGGUGGAGUGCAAAGACUUCCGUAAGGGCAUCAUCCAGCUGCAGUGGGAGUACAGGAUGAUGGGGAUGCAGAUCAUGGACCUCAACAACAAGGCGAGGGACAUCCAGAUGUUACGACUCUCUGAGGAGCAACAGGAUGUCAGUUAUCUCAACAAGACAGAUCGAGACAGUCGCGUGUCUAAGCAAGUUUCCAUUCUGGAGAAAACUAUAGCUUUCCAGGAAAAGACUCAUCUACAGAGUGUGCAGCAUCGCAUAAAAAAGAUUGAACAGCUCAACAGGCAGGCAACAAUGAAAGCUGAGAAGAAUGCAAUUGUAGAAGAGCAGCUACCUAAUAUGCAGGUGACUGUGGCAGAGAGGAGACACAUCUAUGAAGCAAUAGCUUCAGAGGAAAACCAGGCAGCUAAAACAGAGGAGCGCUACCGGGAAGUCGUUCAGAGGAAGAACUUGGAGGACUUUGCCAGAGAGCAGGCGGAAGAGCUGGCUUUCCUCUGGGCCGAAGUCGAGCGUCUGAGGAUGAAGAACUUUCCUUCACUUGAUCAGCUGAAACACAACUGAAAAAAGGCUUCUCUUCUGCAGAUAUCACGAUUUUAUUAACACUUUUCUUAGUAAGUUUACUUAACAGGAAAUUUACAACUCAAGCUGUGAAUAAAAAUAAGAACAGUGUCACAGCAAAAUAAAUAAAACAAUUAGUUAACUCAGGAUAUUUGUAACAUGAUUGUUUUUAAAGCAUAUAUUUAUUAGGUAGUGAAGUCCUCCUCUGUGCGGUCAAAGUGCAGAAUGCCAUCAUCCAGACCAAAGAGGUCAAUAAGAGCUGCCAGGCUGGCCUUCCGUCCGUCUAUGGGGACAUCUGACUGGAGCUCAUACAGUGCAGCCUGAGCACAACUCCUCCACUUGUCAAUCAAGGUUUGGAGCUGUGUUAAAUCAUUCUAGGGAAAGACACAGGGAAUGGGUCAUAUAAAGAGGACUAGGCUACUUUCAGUCUAGUUAAGUGAAUUAAAUCCCAUUAUGUUUACGCUUGGAGCAACCCAGAGAAUUUAAAAAGGUAGCAGAUACCUUGCUUCUGUACAUUUUGACCAUCUUGAGUCUGCGCAGAGUCUCCAUCUUGUCUUUAACCUCCUUCCUCAGUUGGUCUCGUUGUUGUACGAAAUCUUUGGAAGGAGGAUGUGUUGGUUCGGGAAUGGGUCCAGAAAGCCAUUCACUCCCUGAUCUCUCUUCAUUUCUUUUUACGUCAACAUUGGGCACGAUCAGUGGAGCCGUCUCACGGGACGCUGCUGAAACUUGUUGGCCAUCCUCCUCCUCAUCAACACAGAGGCGUUUGGCCACAGAGAAGGGCGAGGUGAAGGAGCGCCUUGUUCUCUUCAGCCUCUCCUUCAGUGAGGAACUCAGCUUUUGAUUAUGCUGCGGAGAUGACAAUGAAUCAGUGGCAGGGAACAGUGGGAUAAUAGCAGGUGUUAGAUUGUGUUUAACCAAUUCUGAAAUAACGUUUAAAAAUAUUUGACGUGAUAUUAGCGAGCGAACAUUAAUGUUACCUGACGUUAGUUAACAUACAAGCAAAUUUGACUUAAACCUACCUUUUCCUCUUUAUAGUCACAGGGGCUUGACUCCACUGAAUUACAAGGUGAAGAAUAGACUGACUUUAAUUUGGCUGCUUUAGGAGUGAUCUCCAUCGGUGAAACUUUUUGCUGUGGAUAACGUAACGUUACAGUCAGGUUAGGGACACUGGGUUAACGUUAGCCAAACGAGUAUGAGCUAACUUAGUCACAUAGUUUAUCAUAAACAAACACAUAAAAACAAAAGUAACCCGAAUACUUAACCAAACGUAUUGAUAAAUUCUUUCGCAUACACUAGUGAGCAACCAACCAACAGGGUUUUAACAAAACGCGAACUAAGAUACAAAACUGUGAACACGAUGUGAGAUUUUUUGUUUUCCUUAUUUUUGCGGCUCAAGAAAACCUCCAGAGUCAGCGAUUGGACAGAUUUUGAUGACGCAUUACCGAAAAUGAUCUUGGGAACUGUAGUUGUUGCCGGCAAGAUAUGUUGGUUACAACCAUGGAUGUAGAAGAAGAAGAAGUUAGAGCACAAACGACAACUUUAAAUCCUAAUAUUUCCAUGUUAUCCAUACCUAAAACGCAAAUCGAAACCAUAAAGCUCCAUCAUCUCUCUUUUCUUGUUUUGGUAAAGUU